UCUAGCGAGCCGAGGACAUAUUUUUGCUUGUUGGCUUUUGGAUGUUCUUCGUUGCCCUUCUUCAUGCUUCCCAGCUUCUUUCUCUUCCUCUUUCAUGCCAUCCAUUUAUUUCCCGUCUGAAGCACUUGCCCCUGCAGAGCACCGUCUAGCCUCGUCUCGUAUUCGAGUGAGUUUGCGCAGGCAGGCUCGGUCUAGCAGGGAGGACUAGGGAUCUUAGUUCAAAAGCAUGCGGGGAGGAGACAGGAGCAGCCGUAGCAGCAGCAGCAGCAGCAGGGCGGUCCGGUCUGUUGGAGGGGUCUCUCGGGGAAGCGUUGGAUCAUAUUAGAUGUCCAGGGCUCGGCCUUUGGCAAGCUGCCUCUUCAAUCUGGGAUACAGGAUCUUCGGGCUUCGGUCGUUGUCGCUCGCUUCGCAGACUGUCAAUGCCGUGUGAGACCUAAGUAUUCCGCCCUGCUUGCUGAGAGCCUUGCCUUCGUUCGCAGGUUUGCUUCCACAGACAGAGAGAGGUAGCAAUCUCUUUUAGGGCAGACAUUUGUUGGGCUCUCAGGGAAGAGGCCUUGUAGCAGUGAGAUUGCUGCAAAUAGGACCUCGGAUCAGUUGGGGAUCAUUUGGGUGCGGAAGUGAAGCAAGCUGGCUUCUCAAAAGCCGCCGGCUAUGAGAAAAGGAGGCACAUCGUCUGCACCCACAACGCCGAAAGGAGGCAAUGGACGAGGAGGAAAUGCUCAACCCACUCAGCUUGCAGAGGAGCAUCACAUAGUCGCAACCACCUUCGUGCAGGCGGACGUCAAUAAUUUCCGUGAACUUGUCCAGAAGCUGACAGGAGGGCCCCCUUCCCCUCUUCCAACAACGCCUACCUCCGAGCUCAGCAAUGGCAAAGAAGCAACGUCAACACCGUCUCGACGUGAACCUAUUCCCGGGCGACCCGAACCCGAAAGAAUUAUGAGUGUGAAGCCCGUCGGAGGCCCAGGUCCCCAGAGAACUUCCACAGCGAAAUUGUUCGAGAGAAGGCAGAAUGCCAAGAAGCUCGAGGUGAAGCAACUUAUGGGGCCCCACAUUCUCAAGCGCACCAUUUCCCCGGCCCUGAGUCCCGUGUCUCCUCUGACCAACGAUGUGUUCUCGGAGCAGAGCAGCGGUGCCACGAGCCCUCUGGGCUACAUGGGCUACUCGCCGGUCCCCCGACCAUCGUUCGACCUGGAACAGCCUCCGACGGCCACCAGUCCCAGUUUUGACUUGAACAGCGGCAUCAUCCAGUUGGAGCUGGAGAGACCUCGAAAUAGCGAGCCACGGCUUCUUCCUCUUUUCCCUCUUCACUCGCCACGGUCUCUGAGUUCUUAGUCCACGAUCAUGUUAGCUAGCUGAGUAAGCUGUUUCGUUGAGUUUCAUCGAGUUUCGAGGCAUCCAUCCCCUGGGCCGGGCUUGUGAGCAGGAUGCAGAAUUUUUUCGCAAUUGUACCGAGCAGCUUCCUGAACUCGCGCUCCAGUGUGGGCUAGGCUGGACGAGGCUUUGCAAUCAAUGUCAGUCCACGGCUCGAAGUUGUGGACGAUGAGACAUGUCUCAGGCAAUACUGGCCCAAGUAGAAACGGAAGCUUCGAGCUUAACACCUGCCAGCGGGGGAUUCACGAUGUGAUAUCAGGGUUCAAUGAGCAGCCACACACGAACGGAUGGGCACUUGUUUCCGCUUCGCUCUGUUCUCUUCGUACCCAAAGAAAGAUUGCUGCUCAUUUUUAUCUCGAUUGGACGCGGCCAGAUCCUCUUUGCCAGACAAUUUAGCCCUCCCUGUCCCCUUUUCUUUGCGUUGCUUCACUCUAUGGAACACGAGUGCUAAUGCAACUACUCGUCCAGGAUAUGAGGUCAUCUGUUGUAGCUGUAUGUGUAGUAUAGUGGGUCAAAAGGCCUUGGAACAUGAUCAUUUGGAUCAGCGCACAGAUGGUUGACUAAUAACAUAAUGCUUUGAUUCGGCAUUGCUUCUUGUGU